GAGGCGGUUGGUGUCAAGACUGGCCGUGGGAAGAUGAUUCAGGUGGACGAGAAUCAGUACACCGGUGUGGCCAACAUCUACGCCGUCGGCGACGUGGCCGGCGGCAACUUGGCGACUGUCGGCCAGGCCCAAGCCGUCCGUGCAGUCCGCAAAAUGUUCGGCAGCGGCCAGUACACGCUGAAGGACAAAGAGGCCAAACCGUAUAUUGUCUGGACCAUCCCAGAGGUGGCCUGGGUGGGGCUGAACGAGCAGGAGGCAGAGGCCAAAGGCCUGAACUUUGGCCUCGUGCGCGUGGAGUACAGCCGCGCGGUGAGGGGCAUUGUGAGCGGCGAGAAAGGUUUCCUGAAGAUGAUCUAUGAUCGACCUCAGGGCCGGGUGCUCGGCGUGCACAUCUGCGGGGCCCAGGCUGGUGAGCUCAUCAACUUCGGAGCGGAUGCCGUGGACGAUGGCACCACGAUCUUCGAAAUCCUGCAGUUCGUUUUCCCUGCUGUCACGUACCACGUCCUGUACAAUGUGGCGGCGACAGAGGCCAAGCUCCGCAUGGGCGGCGUUCAAAAUCUCUCGGCCGCGGCGUCCUGGGCCCGAGUCAAGACGGCGAUCAUGAAGAGCUUAGAGAAGCAGCAAUCGCAGAUGACCUUCGAAGAGGCUGUGGAAGCCACCUUCCGAACCUUCGAUGCCGAUGGCACGGGGCACCUCACUGCGAAGCAGCUGCAGGCCUCCAUGAGAAGCAUCGGCCUUACGUUGUCCGACGAAGCCGUGGAGGACAUGAUCAAGGAGGCGGAUCAGCAGAACCAGGGUUUCGUCGAUUACCCAGACUUCGUGACGAUCUGCCGCACCUGUGGCAUGGGCCCAGUGAAAACAGCCAAAGCCUAG